UCAUACAUAUCCAAAUCCACUUGCUACUUUUAAAGUAACAAAUUGUCAUAAAUUAUAAUAAAAGCAAAGAAACAAAAACAAAAAAACUUUUAACAAACAUAAUGGCCGCCGUUCAACGUAAAUUGGUUCACAAGCAAUUCAAUUCCCCAAUCGGAUUAUAUUCGCAGCAAAAUGUCAAUGAGACAUUGAGUCGUGAGCUGAAGGCUUUCGGCGCAGAUGGGAUUGAAGUUGACCCAGAAAUCUCUAAGCCAUUGAACUUGGCCAAUUCGGCUGUGUUGCGCGCCGUUGAAGAAGAAGAGCAAAUGAAGUGCGACGUUGCUUGUCAACGGCAGAGUCGCCCACGGCAGCGUCGACUCCACCCUCCGGAUUCGGACUACUAUCAGCAGUACUACGAACAAGCCUUGCACACACCGGUGCACCAACAGCAGUUGGAACAAAUCAAAACGCAGUACCUGUACCAUCAGCACGACAUCACCGUCGACCGUGAUACCGUAUUGAAGAUAAAUCGUCUUGCCACACGCAGGAAUUUACAUAAACGCGACCACAGCUGGCCGCCUCCGAGCAGUGAUUACGCAGUGCAGGGAGCGGUAGUCGAUGUGCGGAGUGGCUAUGUGGCAGCGCGCCGGGAUGGAACGCAAUCACUCACACAUUCACGCAGUUCUUCGAAAGACCAGCAGACCAGGAGCACUAGCUGCAGCAUCUGCAACAACAAUUCCGUACACUUUGCGGAGAGCGUUUGUAAGCGGCAUGGCAUCGAUGCGAUACGUGAGAAAUUCAAUAGUCCCACGCGAAUAAUUGAACCGACGCCCACCGAGUUGCGGCAACGCAAUAAAAUGGAGCAAUUGCAAUCGCAAAAGCAAAAGGUUCAAAAAAAUGCGACAAAUAAAUCAGCGCGUGUCGCCGAUAGCUCCCGCGAGACGCGCGCCAACGUCUGCACUAUUGGCACUGGUGCGACGCAACAAACAUUGACAAAUGUGCACAAUAACAUGGCCAAUACAUCAUCGGUCAAUGCGGCUGCAGAAUCUUUUAGCGACACAAAAAAAACUAGCUGGCCUGCAGCCAUGAACAAGGAUGUGGAUGGCGAAGCACUGACUAAUGUCGCCAACACUAACAACGACUACGAUGAUGUAGAUGACUAUAAUACGCCGGUGGCGCGUGGCUUCUCCGCACCCGAAACCAAAGCGGCUGACGUGAAUGUCGGGCUGGUAGAGCCACGUUGCUACUACUUCGAACAAUUAGCGCGUCGUGAGGGUGGCGCACCUAAAAAAUGGCACAGUUAUGACAAUAUUGCCGCAGCCACGGCGGCGCAGCAACAAAUCACCGCCACAGAAAAUACUACAAAAACCGGCAUCAAUAAUAAUCGACAAUCACAAUCGCUAGAUCGGGGCCGCACGCAGCAACAGCGUAGACGCGAACAGUUACCACCACUGAAACCACGCUUCGGCGGAGGAGGAAGUAGUGGCAACAGUCCCGCAGCGCGUAUUACACCAGCGAAUAGCGUCACGGAAGUCAAUAUAAUGGCAUGUAAUAGCCAGGACUCUGCCGCUGGCAGUGGUCGAGCUGCAGUGACAAAACCAACAGCACCAACGGGCAAUUCAUCAAAAUCGGGUGGUGGCAUAUCACCACGGGUACAGCGGCGCGCUAUUAAAUUGGCUACAGAAAUAAAAAUUUGUUACAAUGACAUGGACGCUGAUGAAGGGCCUGAUGCGGCUGCUAGUUAUCGCAACGAUAGGGGCGUCAUGGCUGCCGGUGACAAGCGUGAUUUGCGAGCUAAAGCAGUAGCAGCCGCAGAGAAACAAAACGCGUCGCGCAUAUACGCAAUGGGCGAAAAAAAUUCGGCCGCAGAGUCAAUUAAAGCGCGGCAGGCUAGCGAUCUGGAGCACAUACCACUGCCACCAACGCCACAAGCUGCGAAAGAAGCGACGCAGGCGGAAACACCUACGACAAGGUGUAAAAUUGGUGAUGCGGGCUCAGCGCGCACAUUUGAAGUACAAGGCACUCAAAAGCAAUUACAUCAGAAACAGCAGGAUCAACUAAAACAGGAACAUCGUAGUAGCAGUGAAAAUAACAUGAGGCAACACGCACCACACACAGCGCGCAUCAUACCUAUCGAGGUAGAGCAGGACAAUGUCACACCGGACAUGACCACGCCGCGUCGCAACCUAAGUACCGUUAGUGCAGACCAACUCUACGAUGAUGCAUGCAUCUACUUACGUUCUAUAGAUUUGGAGGACCGCACGGUGGCAUACAUACCAGCCGCCAUUACCAUAGUCCCCUCACCGACGGAGGAGAUGUUAAAGCAAUGGGGUGCGGGCGAUCAGCCUCAGAACCUCAAAGCGGGUAUAGUAACGCGGCGAGAGCUGGAGAAGCCCAUAGCGCGAUCAACGGACGCUAUGAAGCAAACAACCCCAACACCACCAUCGCCACCAGUCACUCAACGCAGCUCAUCGCGCACCAUUGCCAGUACACCAAGGCAAAUGGCGCACAAACAAGCAGCGGAACACAGUAGUUUAUUGAAAAUGCCAACAGCGGCAGCAACGGGCUUUUGCAGCGGCAACUUUGCGACCACUAAUGAAAAUUUAAGGCAGUCAACCGCUGGCGCUGCAAGCAGUGCCAAAAAUAUUAAUAACCAGCGCGACGAUAGUGCCAAUAAAAUGGAUACAUUUGCGGCAGUGUCAAAUAAAGCACAUCAAAUAGAGUGCACCACACAUGCCACCCAAACGCCCACAUACAAUACCGCUGGCCUACAAUCAGGCGCAGGGCAUCAAUCCAGCCACAGAACAGGACUGCGUAAUCGCCAACCACAAAAGCCACUAAGAACGGCUGCAAAAGCCAACGAAAAUGAAGUUGCCAAAAGUAAAAUCCAUGCAACAGUGGCACAGCGAAGCCAACAGAAAACGCGGCUCGAGCGCCCUCGUGGCAUUUACUACACUGAUGGUGAGUACUUGUAUGGUCCCUUUGGAGAGACGCCUGAUGAGUGUGAAAAUCCGGUCACACCAAGAUUGGAGAAGGCAACAACAACAGAACCAUUGAAAUCCGGUAUAUCCGCAAGUGACAAGCAACGAAACUGUGUUGAUGGAAAUGAGUGGGAAAUGAGCAGCAAUGCGUUGAAAGGGCAGCAGCAGCAGCAGCAGCAGAAGGCAUUGGACAGGCAACAGCGCAUAACAAUGCCCACAGCGGUGAUUUCGAAAGCGCCAGCGCCAAAGCCAAUAUCAGAACUAUUGGCAGUGUCAGCAACAGCGCAACAAGAGGAAAAUGCAGUCGAAAUCGCGGCGCUCGAGGCGAAAUAUGGACUCUUUCAGCAAUCUAUAGCAGAACACCUUAGACAGAUUGACGCUUAUAUGGAGAAUGCAAAAUUGGCGCUUAAUCGCAGCUUACCGCUACAAAAACACGAGGCUGAGCAGCCAGGUGACAAAGGACAGCAGGCCGUGCAACAGCCACGUGCAAUACUGCAAGAAAUAGAAACACAACGCAAACCAUCUCAGCCAUUAGAUCAACAAGCUGCAACAACCGCACUGCCGCCACUGGAAAGUCCGCUGCAAACACUUGCCCGCCAGUUGCUACCAAAACAGGCGCUGCAUGUGCUUGACGCCGCGGCUGACAAUACGCCGGUAACGGCAACACUCAUACGCCCUGUUGUACUCGAAAAUAUGCCUGUGGUUGAGCAGGCACUGCAGGAUUUGUCCGACAUAAAGGUGGAUAGUGUAGAGCCGAAAAGCAAAGUGGCUAAACUAGCUGCCAAGCAUGUGCCACUGAGCUCAGUGAGGCAAGUAGAUACCGCCGUUGAAGGCGGCAGCGUGCUACAGCCGUUGAUGCGACGCUUGAUUGCGGUACCCACAGCCACCCCUGACGCGCUAGAUGCGGGUAAUGCGCUGCAGUUGUUGACUGUCGAACAUCACUUUGCGCCCACGGCAACUUGGCCCAAACGUGUGACAAUAUUGGAAAAUCUUGACGAUGUGAGUGUAGCUGCUGGGCGCAAACCAACAAAUAUCGUCCUAAUUGAAAUUGAAGAGGACGAUAAGCUGCCAAAUGUUACCGAUGAGAUUGCUGUGGUAAAUGACAAAAUUGAUGACAGCGAUAAUUGCGAGCGUGCUACAGAUAACAUCAGUCGUAAUGACAUUUCUGAGCUGGAAGAUAUUGAAACCAAUGCCGAAGUGGUUAAGCCAAAUGAAAAUGGAAAUUUCGAGAACAUACAGUGUGCGGCAAGUGAGCGCAGCGGCAAAAGGACGGCAGGACAGGGAGAUAGUAAUAUAAAAUCUGGUGACGCAAUUCAAACAAAAAUUGGUGAUAAGGCAGUGGCUGAAGGCGGAAAAUCAGUUGCCGCCCCUGAGCAUGUGGUCGAUGUCGUAGCCAAUUAUGAGCAACUAGCCCAAGUGCAGCACAACAUGCCAACACCGGCAAUAGCAAAGACAACCGCAGCAACAUCAAUGAAGCAGCAAGAACAGAGUGAUGAGCAAUCACAAAAACAACAACCAAAUCAGCAGGUUGAGCCAGCUAAACUACUACGGGAAAGUUGGGCUGUCGGCGCCCUAAGACCCAAAGAUAAACCUGCAGCAACCACAACGCAAUCUGCACCCACCACACCUGUACCAAGACGACGCACAACUGCCAUUGCAGUGGAAGGGAAAGAUUCAACGACAAGCAAAACCACAGCACAAACAGCUGCAAUGCUAGCAGAUAAAGGGGGAGAUUUACAGCUCGAACCCGAAUCCCACCGUUGCUUGGAUGAGUCACUGCAAAGACAACAGCAGCACGUACGACUACAGCAGGAGCAGCAACUGCACCGGCUAAAGCAAUCACAGCAGGCUUCCCAGACACCGGUAUUGCCAACACCACCACUCCGUGCGGGCAGCUUGCCAAAAGAGUUAUGCAAAAAUGUGGUUACCGGUUAUAUUUCUACGCAUCAAUCGCAGGAGCAGCUGGUCGAACAGGUGAUUGAUGUGCUGCAGCAGGAUGCGACCACGGAGGAGCUGGAAGAAAAGCACAAGCCUGCAAAGCAGCAACAACCGCAUGGAGAGCAAGCACCAGGCGAGCGUGAAGAAGCGGCCAACAAUCAGCUUAAAAUUGGCGUUGAAAACAAAACCUCAAAUCAAGAUUGCCUGCGAACUGACUUAGUUGAGGAACAACAGCAAGCAGCCGGCUGUGUUAGUCAACAACUAAGUCAACAGCAAUCAGCAAGUGUGCCAAUAAUGAAAAGUAAGCGAAAAUUAUGCAGCCAACAGGGUGCACAGUCAACGGAAAGCUCGGUAGACACCAAAUCAGCGCGCAGCACUGUGGCGGCAGCAGCGGUCGCAGCAGCAGCAUUGGCAGCACAAAAGGUGCCGAAAGAAGAGACAAAACUAAACAAAACUACAUCCGAUGAGAAGCGCAACGAACGAGUUAUAACUGGGCAGCGUGGCAAAUUAAAACUGCACAUCCAGGCACAAAAGGACGCUGGUACAAAUGUGCCGCAGCAGGAGGACACCUUCGACACAUACAAAGCCACCUACGAGAUACCAAGCCCCAUAUUUAAACAGCAACUGGCAUGGCAGACGUUGGUAGAUGUGCCACAAAAGGUUUUGAGCGAACGUACUGCGCUCACGUCCGCCACUUCUUAUACGCAAGAGAAACAAAAGAGGGACAAUGAAGUGCAAAUUGAUGCAGUUAGCCAUACAACAAAGACAAAAGCGGCAGCAGUAAGUGAAAACAAUCAGUCGCAUGCAUCGCCGCUGCAGUCAUUCAAACAGCAAUCAACGACUUCGCGCUUGUCCCCAGCUCAAUCAAAUGGAAGCGAACGCACACGCACCUCCGCACAGCAGCCACAUCGCAGCGGCUCUCGUAGUCGCUCCUCGAGUCCGUACCCAACACGUGGCAGUCGCUCACCCACACGCAAAUACCCGGCUGCAUUAAUUGAACCUCAUCCGCCCAAGCAUGCAGCUUCGCCUUUUGGACUCAAUCCGCUUGACAUUACCGAAUUGAUUGAUGAAGCUGCUGAAAGUCAUGCUGCCGCUGAUGUAGAUAGUGGUGCCGCAAAACGCAUGCAGUUGGAAGAAGCUGCAGCAAUUGGCGCCAGUACCGAUGCGAGUACGAAUUUAGCCGAAUUUGUGCCGCAGUUGGAGGGUCACAAUGUUGGUUUGUUGGUGCGUGCGCCUAUCAUCGAGCAGCAACAGCGCAUUGUUGUGCUACCCAAGCAAAUUGAAAUGGGCAAUGCACUCACGCACAGCGCGGUCACGCAUUUUGCUGAUGCAGAGGCCAGCGCGGAGGAUGACAAUGACGGCGGUCAUGAUGAGCAGCCAAUAAAAAACAAAACUCGAACAGUUACAACAGCAACACAAAAAACAACUCUUUCUUCCACACCAGCUGCUUCAUCAUCGCCAACGUCUUCAUCAUCAGCACAAAAUAUACGUGCAAUGCCUGUGAACAAGUCGCACGAUGUCGAGUCAGAAACAACAGCCAAACAAACACAGACUCACAAAACAACACACACACAAGCACACUUAAUAGCUGACAGCAGCGUAACUGAUUUAGCCUCCACCGCAACGGGGAAAUUGCGAGUACCGGCUCAAUUGCAUGAGUCCUGCGCCCAGCCAGCGCAUCAAAAUGGAUAUCAGCAACAGGAAGUUGCACCCGCCAAUAGCAGUCAGCUACAAAGCCGGGAUGUAAUCGGGGAUCCAGCUGCGAUGUUGCAUCAUCAGUGCACCACAUUGCCACGUGAGAGUGGCAUAAUUAAUCGUUCGUUCGAUAAUGUUUCACCGCGUCCGUACAUCACCAUUGAAGGUAUGUGCUGUUGGUAUUACAUAUGA